AUGGUCAAGAUCAAGUCGAUUGAGUAUUUCCGGGUGAAGCCCCGUUGGUUGUUCGUCAAGGUCACCGACGAGGAGGGACAGAUUGGCUGGGGUGAGGGAACCCUCGAAGGUCACUCUCUAGCUGUCGAAGGAGCUUUGGAUGAGAUCAUUACUCGUAUUGUCGGUUAUGAGGCAGAUGACAUCGAGCACAUCUGGCAAACAAUAUGGCGACUAGGAUUCUACCGCGGAGGAGCAGUCUUCAUGUCCGCCAUUUCGGGUAUUGAUAUUGCACUGUGGGACCUCAAGGGUCGCCGAUUGGGCGUUCCAGUCUACCAACUGCUGGGCGGAAAGGUGCGGAACAAGGUGCAGGUGUACGCUUGGAUCGGAGGAGAUCGACCGAGUGAUGUGGAAGCUGCAGCCAAGGCCCGAAUUGCCCAAGGUCUCAAGUGCAUUAAGAUGAACGCGACCGAAGACGUCAACUGGCUCGACUCCCCCGCCGUUCUACAAUCGUGCGUCGAGCGCCUCAAGCAGGUCAAAGCACUCGGUCUCGAUGCUGGCCUAGAUUUUCACGGCCGUCUCCACAAACCGAUGGCCAAGCAACUGGCAAAGGCACUGGAGCCCUACCAGCCUCUCUUCAUCGAGGAACCAUUGCUGUGCGAGCACCCCGAGGCCCUCAAGCAGCUCUCCAACUCCACAACGAUCCCCAUUGCCUUUGGCGAGCGUCUAUACACCAGAUGGGACGUGAAGAGAUUCUUGGAGGACUCCUCAGUCGAUGUCCUACAGCCCGAUAUUGCCCAUGCAGGUGGUAUCUCGGAGACAAGGCGCAUUGCUGCCUUAGCCGAAACCUACGAUGUGGCUAUCGCUCCGCAUUGCCCACUGGGUCCUAUUGCUUUCGCGGCAUCGCUACAAGUUGCCCUUGCAACACCCAACUUUGUCAUCCAGGAGAUGUCAUUGGGUAUGCACUAUAAUGUGGAAGCGGGUGAUAUUGAUUUGAAUAGUUACGUUGUCGACAAGACUGUGUUUGAUAUUGAAGAGGGAUAUGUGGCGGCGCCAUUGAAGCCUGGUCUGGGAAUAGAUAUUGAUGAGGAGAUGGUUCGACGGAUCAGUAAGGAGACGGAGCCCUGGCAACCUAAGGAGUUCCACGGUCCUGAUGGAUCUAUUCGGGAGUGGUAG